AACAUCAUCUCCAGCGAGCCAUUUCAGCACUGCAGGUAUAUGGAGAGAAGCGGGAUAACAUGGUUAUCCCAGUCCCGGAGGCAGAAAGCAACAUCUCCUAUUAUGAAUCCGUGUACCCAGGGGAAUUUAAGAUGCCAAAGCAGCUCAUUCACAUACAGCCUUUUAGUUUGGAUGCUGAGCAGCCAGAUUAUGACUUGGAUUCUGAGGAUGAUAUCUUCGUGAACAAGCUCAGAAAGAAAUUGGACAUAUCUCCUCUACAGUUUGAAGAAAUGAUUGACCGGUUAGAGAAAGGCAGUGGUCAGCAGCCUGUUAAUCUCCAAGAAGCCAAGUUAUUGCUAAAGGAAGAUGAUGAGUUGAUAACGGAAGUGUAUGACUAUUGGAUUAAGAAAAGGAAAAAUUGCCGUGGCUCCUCCCUUAUACCAGCAGUGAAACAGGAGAAGCGGGAUGGCUCAAGCACCAGUGAUCCUUAUGUAGCUUUCAGAAGGCGUACAGAGAAGAUGCAAACAAGGAAAAACCGAAAGAAUGAUGAGGCUUCUUAUGAAAAGAUGCUAAAGUUACGCCGUGACCUUAGCCGAGCAGUUACUAUUCUAGAAAUGAUUAAGAGGCGAGAAAAAAGCAAGCGAGAAUUAUUACAUCUAACACUGGAAAUUAUGGAAAAGAGGUAUAAUCUGGGUGACUACAGCGGAGAGAUUUUGUCAGAGGUAAUGGCACAGCGUCAGCCGUUGAAACCCACCUAUACCAUCCCCAUCAUCCCAAUUUCUAGCAGCCCGUUCAAACAUCAGGACACUACAGAGAUUAAAGUUAACAAGCAAGAGAAGUCUGAUGUACGACCGAAACGAAAAUAUGAGAAGAAGCCCAAACUCUUACCCUCCUCCCCUGCUGCUCAACAAACAAGCCCUGCUGCACUGCCAGUGUUUAAUGCUAAAGAUCUGAAUCAGUAUGAUUUUCCUAGCUCCGACGAUGAGCCGCUGUCACAGGUUAUGUCAGGUUCAUCAGAAGCCGAGGAAGAAAAUGAUCCAGAUGGUCCCUUUGCUUUCCGUAGGAAAGCCGGCUGUCAGUACUAUGCUCCACAUUUGGACCAAACUGGCAAUUGGCCAUGGUGUAGUCCAAAGCAAGGAGGAUUGGGAGACACACGCUAUAGAUACUGCCUCACUACCCUCACUGUUCCCCGCAAGUGUAUUGGAUUUGCACGAAGACGGGUUGGGCGCGGUGGAAGGGUGCUUCUCGACAGAGCGCAUUCGGACUACGACAGCGCUUUUCGUCAGCUGGACGUUGACAUGCUUUCCUCUCCUGAACACACUUCAAUCAAUUUAUUUGCCAAUACCUCAGAAACGAAUACCUCGGAUAAAUGUUUCUCUAAAGACCUCAGCCAGAUAUUAGUCAAUAUAAAAUCAUGUAGGUGGCGCCAUUUUAGGCCACGGACAACAUCCCUACAUGACAGUGACAAUGUUGACUUUUCCUGUAGAACGUUUCACAAAGGUAUCACUCGAACAGGCACAGCACAACCUGGGACCCAGACUUGCAGUACCUCGACAUCAAGUAAAAGUAGCAGUGGUUCAGCACACUUUGCAUUUACAGCCGAACAAUACCAGCAACAUCAACAACAACUGGCACUAAUGCAAAAACAACAGCUUGCUCAAAUACAUCAACAGCAGGCCAAUAACAAUUCAUCUGUCAACACUUCACAGGUAAUGCAGUUUUCUUCAGGCUGGCUAUUGAACCUGCCAACUGAGGAAUCUAGCUUAGAGGGUUUUGUUUCAAAGACCUUGGACUCUGCUAGUGCGCAGUUUGCUGUUACAGCUUUGGUAACGUCUGAGCAGCUGAUGACCUUCAAAAUGAAGGAAGAUGUGGUCCUUGGAAUUGGAGUGAAUGGCAUCCUUCAAGCCUCAGGAGUCUACAAGGGCUUACACCUCAGUAGUAAUACGCCUGCAGCACUCGUACACACAAGUCAGUCAUCAUCCUCUUCAUCUUCGACUGGUUCAGCAUUGCUACAGCCUUCCAGUAUAACACAGACUGCUACUUCCCACAGCACUCUGAGUCACCAAGUAACUGCUGCCAAUUCUGCAACAACUCAGGUCCUGAUUGGGAAUAACAUCCGAUUAACUGUACCCUCCUCCGUUGCCACUGUAAACUCUAUAAACACCCUUAAUGCACGCCAUUUACCUAGGACUUUAAGUGCUGUUGCCCCAUCUGCCUUAAAGCUGGCUGCAGCAGCAGCAGCAGCAAACUGUCAGGUACCCAAGAUUCCAGCAGCAACCUCUGUGGAUGGAGUACCGAGGGACAACCAUGACACGGAAAAGCCAGCAUUGAACAGUAUAACGGACAACACAGUAGCGAUGGAAGUGACGUAGUUUGCACAGGAACAGGACUGCAGCCUUGGGAACUUGUUUAGGUGCUAUGCAUCAGUAGCAUUAUGAAUGCAAGGGAUGAUGGGAAGCAGCACACACACUGCGUUUCCAUGGCAGCUGUGGGGACUCGACAGCAACGCACAUCUCUCAUGCUUUUGAUUUUCUUUUCUUUUUUUUUCGUACUGUUAAUAGGAAAAGAAUAAAACUCCUGUAAAUUAUGAAUACAGCAAUUAUCUGUACAGUACUGCAUAUUUGUAAUACCCUUGUAUAUAUGUUACUUGAAUACAGAACUGUUCAUUUGUGAUGCUUUGCACUGGGGGGGACAAACAAAAAGAAAAAAAAAUACGGGAAACAAAAACUGCAACAAAAUAAGAGUGUGAGAUUGUAUAGAGAUGAGAAGUGUCAUCACAUCAUGUGCAUGGUGCGGAACCUGCUGUUUUAUCUAUUUAUUGUGCCGUGUUUACAGUUUUUUGUACACUGUACCUUCAUUGGUUCCUGUGCUGUAGUAAAUGUGUUAGGUAGCUGUGGACUCCUUGGUAUUUUGUAAAUGGUAUAACAUAACUUGGUUCCCCACCGGGUCCCUGAGUUCUCUGUGUAUCAUGUGAAGAAAUGGUGACAUACAUACAGAUUCUUAAGAAACUAAAUAAAAAAGGCAUCAUUUAUUAAAUGGGGAAUGUACUCAGUAGGGAUCUUCCUUUUUUUGUAAUCUCAGAAGUUACAAGAUAAUAAUGAAGUCUCAAAUCUUCCCAUCCCCCAUUCACCUGUACGUCACGUGGGUGGUUUCUGGUACUUCAGGCACUAAAA